UAAUGGCACAAAAGAAAAAGUGAAAGCUUACAACACCAUCUCUCUUCUCUCUCUCUCUCGUUAUACUUUCCCCCUUUCUGUUCAUAUUCUCACUAAUGCCUCACAUUUCUCAUCUUUCUCUCUCUCUUUAAUGACUACCCACCAUUUUUCUCUCCAUAUUUCUCUCUAACUCCAAGCCUUCUUCUUCACACCCCCUUGCUUAUAUUCACACACCCUUCUUUUAUUUUCUUUUCUCUCAUUGUUUCCUAAACCUUCAUCUAUAAAACUAAAUAUCUCAAACAACUUCUACACAAUAUUCCCUCAUCGAAGUUUCUUAGUUAUGUUCUUACCCUUUCUACAUUUCUCCCUCUUUGUUACAACCCUUUGAUAAAAAAAAAUGAGUAAAGAAGAGAUUUUAAAGAUACAGAAAAGUGUUCUCAAAGUGAACAUACACUGUGACGGUUGCAAGCAGAAAGUUAAGAAAAUCUUGCAGAAGAUUGAUGGGGUUUUUGCUACUGAGAUAGAUGCUGAACAAGGGAAGGUGACCGUUUCUGGAAAUGUGGACCCAAAUGUUCUCAUCAAGAAGCUUGCAAAAUCAGGGAAACAUGCAGAACUUUGGGGUGCUCCAAAGGCAAACAACAACAAUAACAACCAGAACAACAUUCCAAAUCAAAUGAAGAACAUGCAUAUUGACAAUGGAAAAGGUGGUGGAGGAAACAAUAACAACAAGGGGCAAAAGGGUCCUGGAAAUAACCAAAAUCAGCCAAAGGGUGGUAGCCAACAAGGACAAAAUCCUCAACAACAGCAGCUUCAGCAACAGUUACAACAGCUGCAACAACUUCAACAUAUUAAAGGAUUUGGAGAUCUGAAGGUGCCUCAAUUCAAGGACAUGAACAUGAAAAUGCCACCACCAAAUCAAAAUACAAAUAUGAAAGGUGUUAAGUUCAAUUUGCCUGAAGAGUAUGAUGAUUUUUCUGAUGAUGAGUUAGAUGAGUUUGAUGAUGAUGAAUAUUCUGAUGAGGAGUUUGAUGAUGAGAUGGAACAUCCUUUGAAUAAGAUGAAACUACCUAUGGGGGGUAAUGGUCCUGCUCACAUGAUGAUGAAUGCUCAAAAGGGUGUUGGAAGUGGUGGAGGCAAUGGAAAGAAAGGUGGAGCAGGACCUGUGCCUGUUCAAGUUCAUGGCUUGGGUGGUGGAAAGAAAGGUGGUGGUGGUGGUGGCGGAAAUAAUCAGAGUCAGAAUCAAGGUGGAGGUAAUAAGAACAAUGGUGGCAAAAAUGGAGGUGGAAUGCCAGAGGGUAAAAAUGGAAAUAAGAAUGUUGGUGGUGGUGGUGGUGGUAAUGGUGGGAUUCCAAAUAACAAUGUGGGUAAAAAGGUAAAUGGAAUGGGAGAAAGUGGUGUUCAAGGUAUGAUAAAUAAUGGACUUCCAAACAUGGGUGGUGGUCAUCCUAAUGUGGGCCACAUGGUUUCUAACAAUAUGAGUGGUAUGCCAAUGGGAGGAGGAGGAGCAAUGGGAAACAACAUGGCAAUGAUGAGUCAAAUGGGAGGUAACAUGCCAGCUGUUCAAGGCCUACCGGCAGCUGCGAUGAACGGUGGUGGUGGUGGUGGUGGUGGUGUCGGCGGUGGAUAUGGUGGUCCUGAAAUGAUGAUGGGUGGAAACCCAUACCAACAACAACAAUACAUGGCUGCAAUGAUGAAUCAACAAAGGGCAAUACCAGCUGGUGGAAAUGAUAGAUUUCAACCAAUGAUUUAUGCAAGACCACCAAUGGCUGUUAAUUACAUGUAUCCUCCACCUUAUAGCUAUCCUCCUCCACCACAACAUCCUCAUGAUCCAUACUCCAACUUUUUCAAUGAUGAAAAUACUUCAAGCUGCAGUGUUAUGUGAAGAAAUGAGAUGUUGAAUUCGUGAUGUUGGCAAGAGAAGAAAAGAAGUAGAAAUGAGUUUUAAUUUUAGUUUGCUUUUCAAUUUUCUUUUCUUUUGUGCCUUUUUUUCAUCCAUGUUUUUUUAUAAGUUUAUAAAACCUGAACUUUAAAUUACUAUAGAGGAGCUAGUAAUUUAUAGAUUUUAUUAUUAUAUAA